CUGUCACUGCAGAGCCGAAGCAUCAGACACAUUGCUUAGGUCGUCUUAACCCUCAGGCUAAAAUGUAUUUGGAUGCAGAUUUUUAAAACGACAAAAGACUUCAGACAUGGUACAUGACAGGAUGGGGAGCUGUCAGAGCUACACCCAGGUAGCAAGUUUCUGUAAGAAUCUAAAGGAUAGCAAAGUUGAUCAAUUUGACAACUUGGAGAAGCAUACGCAGUGCGGGAUCGAGUUUCUGGAGAGGUACACAAAGUUCGUCAAGGAGAGGUCGGAGAUAGAAACCAACUAUGCAAAACAAAUUAGGAAUUUAUCAAAGAAGUACCAACCCAAGAAGAACUCUCGAGAAGAGGAAGAAAGCAAGUACACGUUCUGCCGAGCCUUCCUGACGACGCUCAACGAACUCAACGACUAUGCGGGGCAACACGAGGUGAUCGCAGAGAACUUAACGUCGCAGAUCAUCGCCGAGCUGUCGCGCUACCUGCAGGAUCUCAAAGCUGAGAGGAAAUCGCACUUCCACGAUGGCCGCAAAGCACAGCAGCACAUCGAGAGCUCGUGGAAACAGCUGGAGUCGUGCAAAAGGAGGUUUGAGCGUGAUUGCAAAGAGGCAGACAGAGCACAGCAGUACUUUGAGAAGAUGGACUCUGACAUCAACGUGACCAAGGCUGACGUGGAAAAGCGAAGUUCCCUCAAGGCGCGGCAGCAAGCCCAGGUCAAGCACCAGAUGGCGUCCGACAGCAAGAGCGAUUACUCGUCCUACCUGCAGAAGUUCAACCAGGAGCAGAAUGAACAUUACUACACGAUCAUCCCCACCGUCUUCCAGAAACUUCAAGACAUGGAGGAGAAGAGGAUCGAGAGGAUAGGGGUGUGCAUGAAGACGUUUGCCGACGUGGACCGCCAGGUGCUGCCCAUCGUGGGGAAAUGUUUAGACGGCAUGACGUCGGCCGCCGGCUCCAUCGAGCCCAAGACAGACUCCAAGCAGGUGGUGGAGUCCUACAAGUCCGGCUUUGAGCCCCCGGGAGACGUGGAGUUUGAGGACUACGGGCAGGCCAUGACGAGGACGGCGUCCGACACGAGCCUGACCAACUCGCGGGACGGCAAAGAGAGACCUACCGGCAAGAGCAAGGGCAAGCUGUGGCCUUUCAUUAAGAACAAAAACAAGCUUAUGUCCCUGUUAACGUCCCCCCGCCAGCCCCCACCUGCCCCACCAGCCUCAUCCCCGCCCUCACCCUCUGCUGUUCCCAACGACUCCCAGUCUCCCAAGCAGCACAAGGAGCCCCUCUCCCACCGCCUCAACGACUUCAUGGCGUCCAAACCCAAAAUGCACUGCCUCCGGAGCCUGAGGCGAGGGCUUUCUCUCAAGCUGAUCACACUCAAUUCCCACGUCCGGAAUCUCAUUGAGGGUUCUGGACCCGAGGACUUCAGCCACCUUCCACCGGAGCAGAGGAGGAAGAAGCUGCAGGCCAAGCUGGACGACCUCAACAAAGACAUCCAGAAGGAGAUGGACCAGAGGGACGCGCUGACCAAGAUGAAAGACGUCUACGUGAAGAACCCUCAGAUGGGCGACCCCGCCAGCGUGGACCCUCGGCUAGCGGAGAUCGGCCAGAACAUCGAGAAGCUCCAGUUUGACGUGCAGAAAUUUGAGGGCUGGCUCGCCGAGGUGGAGGAGAAAAUGCCGUCCAAGAGCGACUCGCACCGGAGGAGCGGACUUUACGAGAGCCAGAACAGCACGGCGGUGAACAACAACUGCGCCCAGGACCGAGAGAGCCCGGACGGCAGCUACACGGAGGAGCAGAACCCGGAGACGCUCGUCAAAGCCAACGCCAACGCCAACCCCGCGUCCACCACGCCGGAGUUCGACGACGAGUUCGACGACGAGGAGACGCUGCCAACCAUCGGCACCUGCAAAGCCUUGUACCCUUUUGACGGCCACAACGAGGGCACCAUCUCGGUGGCGGAGGGCGAGCUGCUGUACGUCAUCGAGGAGGACAAAGGCGACGGCUGGACGCGAGUGCGCAGGAACGAGGACGAGGAGGGCUACGUGCCCACGUCCUACGUGGAGGUCUUUUUGGGAACAAACGCCAAAGAUCCCUAAGCGUGCGAGGCUGGCUGAGGAGUGGCACAGGGCAAGCAGCCUAAGGGGGAAAUCACCGAGACGGCCAAUUAGAACCCAUUUUUCCACACCACACACACACACACACACACACGCACGCACAAAGAAGCGACAACAAAUACAAACUGUUGGUGUUUGUCAUCCUAACUGCUUCUGCCGUAACGACACACGCAGUUACGCUUUUUGUCAGCAGAGCUUUGCCCACUAACCCUCCUCGCUCAGUGGGCGUGGUCAGAGAGAGGCCCACCCGCAGGAGGCCCCGCCUCCCUCCCGCCCAUCCAACAUGCUGUGUGAAAGUUAGACUGCAGGAAGCGAAGGAGCUCGCGGCGAUUGUGUUCAUCCCGCCAUCACGCCCCCCCCGCCCCUCUCUCUGACCUGACGCCACCCCGGUCCAAACACCCCCUCCCGCACGCCCCACUCCCCGCCCAUCCCGACCCCCCCUGCAGGCUCGCACCUCGGCGGCCGUCUUUUGGGGUCACGUCGCGGCGUGCUGCAUGCUUGCCCUGUCUUCCUCCUCGCCCCCCCUUGCCACGGGAGUCGGCGGCGGUGGUGGGGUGCCGGCCGGGUCACCCCGCACCCCCAUACCUCUCUUCCUCCGGCCUUUACGUUCAGUUUAACCCCUCAUUGCCUGAUCGAACUCACGUAACCUGAAUGCGCCAUGUCAGACCCCGCCCCCCCCAGACUUCAGGUAGUGCAGUACGUUUGUGUUGCUGUCGUGUGAUGUCUAACCCCCCCUUACUGUAUAUGAGAAUAUACUGUGACCAGAAUGAGAGACUUCCUGUUCAUUCUCCUAAAAUCACCGCACUGGCAAGACUAAACUCGAGCAGUUAUGUCCAACCAUCACACGGCACAUACUUUUUUUUUCUUUUUGUCAUUUACAUUUUUCUAUCAUUGUUUUGAAAACUUCUGCCUGGACUGAAACCAUUUUACUGCAAAAACCACGGGCAGAGGGAGGAAUCAAACCUGCGACUUAAAGCACGCAGGAGCGCUAGGGCCGCGCUGAAAAGAAAAACCACGUAUCGAAGAGUCAAUAGUACGAGAUCAAAGUUGUAAUGUUCCCAGAAUCUCGUAUCGUUACGAGAAUCAGGCUUUAAUUUUACGUGAAUAAGUUAUAUUAACUGAAAACAUGGCAAAUUUAUGGGAAUAAAGUGGUAAUAUUCUGAGAAAAAGUUACGUGAUUUUUAUUUGCAAUAGCAGUAAAGUCGUUAUUGGCGGACAAAGUCGUAACGUUACGAGAAAAACUCUAAGCUGAGCGAAAUAUAUUUCUAAUAUUAUAUUUAAAAAAAGUUGUUUAGCCAGAAAACAUGGUCAAUUUAUAGUAAUAAAGUUAAAAUAUUCUGAGAAAAAGUUACGUGAUUUUUAUUUGCAAUGGCAGUAAAGUCGUAAUUGCCGGACGAAGUCGUAACGUUACGAGAAAAACUCACAAAGCUGAGCGAAAUAUAUUUCUAAUAUUAUAUUUAAAAAAAAAAGUUAUUUAGCCAGAAAACAUGGUCAAUUUAUAGUAAUAAAGUUGAAAUAUUCUGAGAAAAAGUUACGUGAUUUUUAUUUGUAAUAGCAGUAAAGUCGUAAUUGAAGGUAAAAGUCGUAACGUUACG